AUGGCUGACUCAUGGGACGUCUAUGUAGCAUUCUGCCAACGGCGAGGUGAUGACCCCUUGCACUGGAUGCUUUUGUUUGCUCACCCUGGAUCACUGCGUUGUACAUGGUACCAUGUUGUCGGAGGCCCAACGCAAAAUCGGGACUUCGAGCGCAAGAUUCAAGCAGGAAAGAGAAUGGACAGUUUUGGUAUAUCGAGAAAGCAGUACAUCUGCCAGAUUGCCGCAAGUGAGAUCAACAAGGUUAAGUCGGCGGUAGUGGCAGUCCCUGUACAAGAUUGUCAACGUUGGAUCGUUGCAGUGCUUGCCGGACUUGAGCGCAAAUGCCUGGUUCCUGCUGGCACCAGCGCUGAUUAUUAUAAUCAAAUGGAGGCUACCCAUGCCGUGCAAAUUGGAGAUGGCUGCUGGGUCUUGGUCUCCGGAACUGCUGAAGAUGAACAGGUUGCUAAAUAA